AUGGCAGCCUACGCAGCUCUAGUUUCGCUCAUGAACGAUUUGGAGCUGAUUCCCAACCAUCCCACUCAUUCAUUUUCUUUCGACAGCAAACAGAUCACUCUCCUUUCCCAAAUCGUCCACUCCUUGAUCGAUUUUAUGGAAACCUUCGAUUCUCAUGGAUACACCACAGAAUCCGCUGAAAUUUUAGAGACCCGAAUCGCAUCGGCUGCUCACGCGGCUCACCCCGUGAUCGAAUCCCACGUAGUUGAUCAACUCCUUACUGGAACCCCAUCACCUGAUUUCUCGCUCGAUCUGCAGAAAUCAAUUGAAGAUCUGCACUUUGUCGUCGAGAUAGUGGCGAUGCAGUUUAAUAAAUCCAAAAUUGGGUUUAAUUUUAACACAUAUUCGCCACAUACUUCAUCGGAAUUUAGGUCUUCAGGGAACAAUGUGAUGGUUGGAUUCGAUGCUGCCGUUGUUCGACUUAUGGAGAUGCUCACAUUCACCGGAGGAGAUUCCAGUCAGCGCGUCGUCCCAGUCGUGGGGAUGGGCGGAAUGGGUAAGACUACUCUUGCUGGAAAUGUUUAUAACCAUUUACUUAUUCAGCAGCAUUUUGAUAUUCGCUGUUGGGCCACAAUAUCUCAAGAAUUUAGUGUAGACAAUGUUCUUACACAACUACUUUUUGAGAAUCGAAAAACCGAUGGGGAUGUUGGUAGAUUAGGAGAAGAGUUGCAUAAAUUGCUAUGGGGUAGAAGGUAUUUAAUUGUGUUAGAUGAUAUGUGGAGUUUGGAAGCUUGGGAUGAUACACAUAUGUUUUUCCCGGAUAAUGGCAAUGGGAGUUGUGUCGUUGUAACGACUCGGCUAGCAAACUUGGCAGCUCAUCUUAGCUCUUCCCCUCUCCAAAUGAACUUUCUGGAUGAGGAGAAAAGUUGGGAUUUGUUUCGUGGAAAGGCAUUCGAGAAGAAGAUUGAAGAUGAAAGGAUUGAUGCCUCUAAACUCCUCAGAUAUUGGGUUUCGGAGGGGUUUAUUAAACCAAAUGGAUCCUCAAGUUUGGAGGAGGUGGCAGAGGAUUACUUGAAAGAUUUGAUUGACAGGAAUCUCAUUUUAGUUGUUGAAAGGAGGUGGAAUGGAAAAGCUCAUUUUUGCGUUAUCCAUGAUAUAGUGAGAGAGUUGUGUUUGAAGGUAGCCAAGAAAGAGGAAUUUAUGUGUGUGCUUGAUACCACACAUGGUGUUGGAAGGGAACAUCGCAUUGUGAUUCCGGAGGGGAAGAGUCUUGGUGCUCUGGAAUCACCCCCAUUGCUCCUCCGUUCUCUUAUACUCCGUCCCCGACUGCUAGGGCAGCUUGAAUUUUAUAGGUCAUCACUUUUCUCAAGAUUACUGAGAGUAUCAGCUUAUGCCACUCAUAUUUUCUUGGGUGAAGGAAGAUGUUUCCCAGCUGCUCAUUUUCAGCAAGUUAACUUACGCUGUCUUAUUUUUUACGUUACCUGUUGUUAUCCCGGCCCCUACCUGAUUCCCUCAUCAAUAUCCCAACUAUGGAAUUUACAAACACUAAUCAUACAUCACGAUGGUGUUUGUGUUACUGCACCAUAUGAGAUAUGGGAGAUGACACAGCUCAGGCAUCUCAAGCUCGAUGGAGUUUGUCUUGCCGACCCUGUUCUCAAGCAGCGAGAACGAGAAUGCAUUGUUUUGGAAAACCUACAAAGACUCGUGGGAGUGAAAAUUUUGAGAUUGACAAAAGAGGUUUGCAAAAGAAUUCCCAACAUAAAGGAAUUGGCUGUAGAUUACCAUCAUCCCACAACAAGCUCGAAAUAUUGCCUUCACAAUCUCACCCUCUUCAAUUGGGAAGAACUGAACACGAGGAUUGAAUCCUUGUCCAAUCUUGGAUAUUUAGAACUGCAUUCUGUCAAAGGAUCCAAGUGGGAGCAGUGUGACCAGGAAUUCUCUAGCCUCAAAGUGUUGAUGAUAUCUGAUUGUGAUGAGUUGGUGUACAGGAAUGCAAACAGCUCUCAUUUCCCGAUACUCGAAGCUCUUCAUAUCUGUGGUUCAUCUAAACUGAGCCAGGUCCCUUCGGAUAUUGGAGAAAUACCAACACUUCGAGUUAUUUGA